AUGGGCGGCGACAAAAUCAGGAAAGAUAAAAGGCAAAAGCGCGAGGACUACCGCGCAGCCAUCCGGAAGGAGGGAGUGUCGGAGCUGCCAAGAAAGAAGUUUUAUCGCCAGAGGGCUCACGCCAACCCAUUUUCCGAUCAUCAGUUGAUAUACCCCCCACACCCAGACCAGAUGGACUGGUCAUCACUAUAUCCAGACUAUGUCGUCGAUGAGCCCCAAGAGCAACAAACACCAGGCCCAGAGACGCCAUCAGAUCUAGAUCUCGCACCCCUCAGGCCCAAAAGGAUAUCGAAAGAAGUCGAAGUAGCGGACAUCGGUUGCGGCUUCGGCGGUCUCUUAGUGGCGCUCGGCCCUUUAAUGCCCGACACGCUGGUCCUCGGCCUCGAGAUCCGCGUCCAGGUCACGCAGUUCGUCGAGGACCGCAUCAAGGCCCUGCGGGUGCAGGACCAGGAGGCCAAGCUCUACCGAAACGUGGGCGUGCUCCGCGCCAACACGAUGAAAUUCCUGCCCAACUUCUUCCGCAAGGGCCAGCUCUCCAAGAUCUUCAUCUGCUUCCCAGAUCCGCACUUCAAGGCGCGCAAGCACAAGCAGCGCAUCGUCUCCACCACGCUCAAUUCCGAGUACGCCUACGUGCUGCGGCCGGGCGGCGUGGUGUACACGAUCACGGAUGUGCCGGAUCUCCAUGAGUGGAUGGUGCAACACUUUGAGGCGCACCCGUCAUUUGAGCGCGUACCGGAGGAGGAACAGGAGGCGGAUACCUUGGUGAAUGUCAUGAGGACAGAGACGGAGGAGGGAAAGAAGGUCGAGAGGAAUAAGGGGCAGAAACAUGUUGCCCUUUUCAGGAGGCUUGAGGAUCCUGCUUGGUGA